GUUGUUUUAACAGCUGCUUUCCUCUACGCGGAUUCGCCUUUCGAAAUCACAAAAAAUGUCUGGACGGGGAAAAGCGAGGAAGGCGGCAGGAGGAAAGAAGCAUACAAAGUCUAACCGUGCUGGACUAGUUAUGCCAGUUAGCCGAGUACAUCGGUACUUGAAAAAGGGCAGGUACGCCCGCCGGACGUCCAUUGCAGCGUCUGUUUACAUGUCUGCCGUAAUCGAGUACCUAGUUGCCGAAGUCAAUGAACUCUCCGGAAAUGCAGCGAAGGCAAAUAAACGGAAGACUAUCACUCCCCGUCACAUCAUGCUCGGUGUGCGCAAUGAUGCUGAGUUGAAUGAGCUGUUGAAACACGUGCAUAUCAGUCACGGUGGAGUGCUUCCAUGCAUCCAUCCCACCCUCUUGAAGCGCAAAGGAGGGCUGCUAGGCUCACCUGGACCAGCAGGCGGAUCAACCGUACCCAACGCUGUUGUGUCCGCAAGACAGGCUGCUUCCGGGGUCGGUUCCGGGGUGGUGGGCAGCUCAUAAGCAUAACCACAACCUACUUGAACCGCAGUUCGUUUCCGCUCGGCAGCUGUCCUGGUACAUAAAACAGUCUUUUGCGAUCUUGCUCCUGGUUCAGUGUAUAUUUUCAUGUUUUUUAUUCCUUAUCUAACUGUGCCGAACUCACCCGAAUCUUUCCUGUACCAUUACGGUUAUUGCUACUGUUAGGUCUAGUUGAAUAUUGAUCUUAUUUCCCCUCUGCUGUUACCCUAUUCCACUCUGUACGAACGGACGCUUGCUUCAAUCGGACGCACGCAUCACCAUGUUGCGCAUUCUCUACGCGAUCGCAUUUACGUCCAAGCUAGUGAGAAACGUUUUCACAUAUUCUACUCCAUGAAGCUAUCUUCAGCGACCAAUAUUUUCUAAACCUCGUACAUACAUUUGGCGUUUUCACCUAUUCAAACUGUUCAGGGACCCCUUGUUUAGCGUGUAUUCUAAUCCCCCGUACAGACGUCACUAUUCCGAUCGGACCGGAUCAGACUGGGCGUUGUUUUCCUGUUUUUCUAUCCUGUUGUUGUGCCAGCUUUGUUUGUCACUUGUCAUGUGUGUGCGCGUGUCGGCCUCAUCUGUUCUGCCAACUUCUCUAUUUGAACCCACACACACACCUGCCCUCGCUUCUGAUAUUUCACGCUCCAGCCGUUGUACGCAUGUUUCUUUUUGUACACCAUAUUUACCCUAGCUAUUUGACACAUAUGGUACAUGUUCUAUCCUACU